AUGACGGAGAACAUCUCAAGGAAACUGUCGCAAAUUGUGGUACUGCCUGAGUUCAGUUCAGACAGAGCAACAUUUGCCCUCCAUUUAGCCCUCAGUAAAACCAGGCCACUUGGUGGAGGCCGAAAGAGAAGAGGAGGAAGGAGGGAUGUAUUUGUGGCUGACGACCCGCCGGAGGAGAGCGGGAGGCUGCUGCUGCUGCUGCUGCCAUGGCGGCGGGGGGCCGGGCCUUGCUGUGCCUCCCUCCUGGGCCGCCUGGCCUCCCGCUUCCUCCUGGAGCACUUCGGCUCUUGGAAGGUGAUGAAGCCCAUCCCGGGGUCAGCCCUGCUACCCUCUGCUGGGCACGCCCUUGCUCUGACGGGCGAAGGAGAAGCUUUCUUUCAACAGCUGAUGAAAUACAGUGAGGAAUUCAGAAACAUUCCACUCUUCAAGCUGUGGGUAGGACCAAUUCCCUUUCUGAUCUUAUAUCACCCAGAUACUGUAGAGAUUAUUUUGAGUAGCUCAAAGUAUAUUCAGAAACCCUAUCCUUACAAAUUUCUUCAUCCCUGGCUGGGCACAGGACUUCUAACAAGCACUGGAGAAAAAUGGCGAUCAAGAAGAAAAAUGUUGACUCCAACCUUCCAUUUCACCAUCUUAGAAGAUUUCCUUGAUGUGAUGAAUGAACAAGCCAAUAUUCUUGUUCAGAAGCUUGAAAAACAUGUGGACAAAGAACCAUUUGAUUGCUUUUUGUACAUUACACUGUGUGCCCUCGAUAUAAUAUGUGAAACAGCUAUGGGCAAGAAUAUAGAAGCACAAAACAAUAAGGAUUCAGAGUAUGUCCAGGCUGUCUAUAGGAUGAGUGAUCUGAUUCAUCACAGACAGAAGUCACCAUGGCUUUGGCCUGAGUUUAUCUAUUCUUUGUUCCAAGAAGGAAGAGACCAUUCCAAGAAUCUGAAGAUACUACACACCUUUACCGAUAGUGUUAUUGCAGAGAAAGCACAUCAGCUGAAAAACCAGGAGCACAAGAGUGAUGUUGUAAUCACUGGUGAGCGAAGCAAGAGCAAAGUGAGAAGAGCUUUCCUUGAUAUGCUUCUGAACACCACUGAUGAAAAUGGGAAGAAGAUGAGUUAUCUGGACAUUCGAGAGGAAGUGGAUACAUUCAUGUUUGAGGGUCAUGAUACUACAGCUGCUGCAAUGAACUGGUCUAUUUACUUGCUUGCAUGUCACCCAGAAGCCCAAAGAAAUGUUCACAAGGAAUUAGAUGAGGUUUUUGGUGACUCUGACCGUCCCAUCACAAUGGAUGAUUUGAAAAAAUUACGUUACUUAGACAGUGCUAUUAAAGAAGCUCUUCGCCUUUUCCCUUCUGUUCCAUUUUUUGCCCGCACUUUAAGUGAGGAGGUCCAUAUAAAGGGAUUUAAGAUACCUAAAGGGACUGACUGCAUAAUUGUGCCUUAUGCGCUGCAUAGAAAUCCUGAUAUAUUCCCAGAGCCAGAGGAAUUCAGACCUGAGCGAUUCUUCCCUGAGAAUUCAUCUGGUCGGAACCCAUAUGCCUAUGUGCCUUUCUCUGCUGGGCCCAGAAACUGCAUUGGUCAGCGCUUUGCACAGAUCGAGGAGAAGACAAUUUUAGCCACUAUCCUGCGACACUUUCAGGUUGAAACUAAGCAGAGGCGUGAUGAACUUCACCCUGUAGGAGAACUUAUUCUUCGUCCAAAUAAAGGGAUCUGGAUUCAGUUGAAAAGAAGACAACCUUCUAGCUCCUAAAAUAAGAAUCCAUGGGAAGAUUUCCUACCACAGUAUAUUUGGGCCAUGUUUUCAUCUGAAUUUUCACACAACAUUUGACUUUGGUUUGGCUCCUUGUGUUCUUAAACAUAGGCAGCUUGCUGAUUUUGCUGGAGAAAAUAAAUGAUUUGAUUUCUAUUUUAUAGAAAAUAAUUGCACAUGAAUAUUAUUUACUUAUAUACUCGACUUUAAGUCAACCUCAUGUAUAAGUCGAGAGCAGGUUUGGGGACCAAAAUUAUGGAGUUUGAUAUUACCCAUGGAUAAUCUGAGAAUAAAAGUUAGGGGCAUAUAACCAAAUAUCUAAAGGAUGAAGCCAAGGAAAACAAUUCCAAAUAUGUUCCAAAAUUCCAGCAGGUAUAAUUAUGUUUAUACUAAAGGCUGGAUGAAUAAGAGAGUAGGGGAGGGUCAAUGCUUUCAGGACAGAUUACACUUCUGCCUUCCACUAGGGGAUGGUUCCUUUUUAAAAUAAGAGUUAAAGUACAGAACUUACAUUGACCCAUGGAUAAGUUAAUUCAGUUUUUUGGGGUUAAUUUUUUUGACUUAAUUUUCUAGACUUAUACAUGAGUAUAUACAGUAAAAGCACUUGAAAGCAUAUGUGAAAUCAGCCUAUACUUCAUAACGAACUCAAAAUGUCUAGACUUUGAAGCAAUGUAUAAAAUGUAUAUUUUCCCUUUCUCCCUUGAAGUUUCAAUAAAGAGCCCUCCAUAGUCUAGAA